GACUUGUGUAGACGAAAGAAAGUCAAGUGCGAUGGUGCAACACCUGUUUGUACUAACUGUAAACAUGUUGGACUUGAAUGUACCUUUAAAGAUAUGACAAAAAAGCGUGGACCACCGAAAGGAUAUAUUGAAGCGAUUGAAAAUCGACUGUAUAAACUGGAA